AUGGACGCAGAAGACAGAACGCCCAGGACGAACCGACUGACCGCACUCCAAGAGCAGCUGGUUUGGGCCUUGUUGGGGUCUGGACUGUCCCGGGACGUCUUGAUCCAAGCCAUGGGGGAGCUGGAGCGGGAUAGGUUCAGCAAUGGAGCUGAGAAGGCAGACAGGGGCGAUGGGGAGAGCUCAGAGGAGGGAGAAAUGGACUACCCGCCGCCUAUUUACAGAGAGCUGGACAAAUUGGAUCCAGAAGAAGCUGCCAAGCUAAGGGCUGAAGUUGACCGGCUUUUGCAAGAGGAUCCAUGGCAUGUUGCAAAAAUGGUCAAAAGUUACAUGCAGCAGCACAACCUCCCACAGCGGGAGGUGGUGGAGUCCACGGGCCUGAACCAGUCCCACCUCUCCCAACACCUCAACAAAGGCACACCCAUGAAGAACCAGAAGAGAGCCUCGCUGUACAGCUGGUACGUCAAGAAGCAGUGCGAGAUCAGCCAACAGUUCACCAAUGCCAAACAUGGGCUGGCCUCUAUGGACGAACAAGGCGGCGAGGAGAUCAAGAAAGGUCGCAGGAACAGAUUCAAAUGGGGUCCGGCCUCACUGCAGAUCCUGUUCCAUGCCUACGAGCGGCAGAAGAACCCCAGCAAAGAGGAGAGAGAGGGCUUAGUGGAGGAAUGCAACAGGGCAGAGUGCCUGCAGAGGGGCGUGUCUCCGUCCCAGCUGGCCGGUCUGGGCUCUAACCUGGUCACUGAGGUGCGGGUUUACAACUGGUUUGCCAAUCGCCGCAAAGAGGAAGCUUUCCGCCAUAAACUGGCAUUGGACACUCCCUACAGCAACCCCUCUGCAAACACAGCCCUCCCUCCCAGCCCAGAGCAUGGUUUGAAGUACAGCCAGCAGAUCUGUGACAGUCUGGGCUCAGUGAGGGGAACAGCAGCAGAGCGAGUGGGACGGAUAGUGGUGAGUCCAGUCCCACUGGAGCCCAGCCACACGCUCCUCGAAAACCACAACGGCAAAACGGUCUCAAGUUGCGGAUCGCUGCCCCCUGUCAGCACCCUCACGUCACUGCACAGUCUGUCCUCUUCCUCCCAGGGGCUCAUCAUGGCCUCUCUGCCCAGCGUCAUGAGCCUGGGGGAGUCCUCUCUACUCAUAGGUCUAACCUCCACACAACCCCAGACCGUACCUGUGAUAAACAACAUGGGGAGCGGCUUCACCACUCUGCAGCCCAUCUCCUUCCAGCAGCAGCUCCAUGGCUCCACACAGACCCCUCUCACGCAGCAUCUACAGAGUCAUAUGGGAGCCAGUCCAUUUAUGACCACCAUGGCUCCGCUACCCUGCCACAUGUACAAAUCAGACUCACCCCAGUACCAUUCGUCCAAUCUGCUGUCCCAGGCCAUGGUCAUCACUGACAGCAGCAGCCUGGGCACACUCACCAGCCUUGCAGCGGUGAGACAGAUACUUACAUCUGAUCCAGACGAUGACACCGACACCCCUUUAGAGGAAGAAUCUUUACAUCUUCAGCCUCACACACCUGUACCAGCCUCUUCUGAAAGCCUGGAGUUGUAUUCGUCCUCCCAGUCACCUACAGACAUAAGCUCCUACAUGCCUUCACAGCUGGUGUCCACUGCACAGUGA